AUGUCAUCCUUCCCUAUCAACCAACUGGUUUCUGCUCAGUGGUAUGCUCUCUAUGAUUUUCACAUCCUGUGGGUCUUCCAAAAACAACAGCAAAAGAAAGACAAGAACACGAAGGUUUCCGUCUGCGAAAAAGAGUCGAAGCUUCCAAGGCCGACACGGGUGAAGAACAAGUCCCCAGAGGCGGUGCAAAUCACCGCCGAGCAGCUCCUCCGAGAGGCUCGAGAGAGGCAAGAGCCUGAGGUCCUUCCCUCUGAGCAUAGCAUCACUGACUCGACUGAACUUUCCGACUACAGACUCCGCCGCCGUAAGGAGUUUGAGGACCGGGUCAGCCGGGGAGGACGAUCCGAUGUCCAAGUCUGGGUAAACUACGCGCGGUGGGAAGAGUCACAGAAGGAUUACGCGCGUGCUAGGAGCGUGUGGGAACGAGCCCUGAAAGACCAUCACCGGAACCACGCGCUCUGGGUCAAGUACGCAGAGUCGGAGAUGAAGAACAAGUUCGUCAACUCUGCCAGACACGUUUGGGAUCGAGCCGUUUAUCUUCUCCCUCGCGUGGACCUGCUCUGGUACAAGUACUCACACAUGGAGGAGAUGCUCGGGAACAUCGCCGGAGCCAGACAGAUAUUCGAGCGGUGGAUGAACUGGUCACCGGAUCAACAAGGCUGGCUCUCGUUUGCUAAAUUCGAGCUGCGGUAUAACGAAACAGAGCGUGCGAGAUCCAUCUACGAGAGGUUCUUUCUUUGCCAUCCCAAAGCUUCUUCCUUUAUCAGAUAUGCAGAGUUUGAGGUCAAGUGCGGUGAAGUUUCCCGUGCGAGGGAUGUCUACGAACGAGCCAUGGAGAAGCUUGAAGGAGGCUAUGAAGAAGCAGAGAUGCUCUAUCUUGCCUUUGCUGAAUUCGAACAAGGAUGCAAUGAGUUCCAACGUGCUAGGGUUAUCUACAAGUUCGCUCUUGAUCAUAUCCCUAUAGGAAGAGCAGAGGAACUCUACACAAGGUUUAUUGCCUUUGAGAAACAGCACGGGGACAAGCAAGGGAUUGAGGACGCCAUUGUCGGGAGGAGGAGGACACUUUAGUACAAGAUGAUGCUCGUAGAUUUAAGAAACACAAGUUUUUUUGAAUUGAUUCUCUCAUGUCUCUCUGUUUUGUUAUUCAUCUCGAAUUGGUUUGGUUGAGUGAUUAGGCAUAAUAUACCCGAUAGAGACUGAAAUAACUUUUUGUGUGGAUAAGAAGAAAAAGACUAUAUGAAGGAACGAAAAUGCCUUUUAUCUCUCUCUCUCUCUGGCUAGUUACGUUUCUUACAUCUACUCUGACAUUCUCUCUUUUUUUCCCUACCCCACCUCUUACGCUUUUUUUCUCUUUUUCUUUAUUCCACGUUUUUACUCACAUACACCUCUUUCUUCUUUAACAUCUUUUUUUUUUCCAUUUUUGAUUGUACUUGGGCUUGAACUUGUCCUGCGCUACACCCGAAUUUUUUUUUUUUUUUUAACUCUGAAAAAUUGCAUUAUAUAGUUUAGUCUAAAGACUAUAACAUCCAAACAGAACCGAGAAAAACAUAAACAGAAAAGCAAAAACAUAGAGUACUAAACCAAGAAUAUCACCAUCCAACCAGAACGAAUAUUUCAUAGCCUCCCCGUCAUAUCUUCCAGAAACCCAUCCUCUUAAUCAUCUUCCCUGCUUAUCAUCUUCCAACAAAGCACACAUCCACUCGGGAGCUCCUCGAGCAACGUAAGACUGAUACCUCAUCUCCAUGGUUACACUGUCCGCUAUCUUCGCAGCACAUCUGUUCACUCUUACUGAUGCACCGCUCAAACUCCACUCAUUUAUUUUCUCCAGUGCAUUUCUCAACUUUGUUCCUUGGUAUCUAAACGCUGGCCAAGCUUUUGGUCUCAGAACCACUCCAACUAAAUCCAUAGCCUCCGUUUCAAAAAUUACUUUAUGCAGGCGGUGGCUUGCCAUUGACUCAAUCGCCCACAUUAAUCCCAGAAACCUUCCCUCGGCUAGAGAGUUUACAUUCCCAAAAGCUCUCCUACUGUGUAAUAAGACAUCACCAUGCUCGUUACGAACGAUCCAUGAUGCCCCCAUCAACCAGUUCCUUUUUGACCAUGAAACGCCUACAUUACACUUAACGAGACCUUCUCUUGGGGUUUCCCAUCUACUUAGACUUCCAGAGUUAUGGUCUAUUGUCCCACUCCGUGACAACUCAAGCUUUUGAGCAUCAAACGACUCCUUUGAAUCCUCCCUCACUUUCAUAACUGUGUCCUCUGCUGAAAACUCUCUCCCUUCAGAGAUAAAAACGUUUCUGUUCUUCCAGAGCAUCCACAAGAUCCAAGGAAAGGACCUUGGAUUUUUUUUUAUAUCAUAAUUUAAAUUAAAUCAUUAUAAUUUGGUAUUUGAAUAUAUCUGUUAUCAAAGCAAACGCUUCAAAAAUUAGAACUCUCUUGUUUAUCUCUCUAAAAAAACCUCUCUUCUUUGAGAUCUCAUUUGUUUCUUUCCGGUGAAUCGGCUCCGGUUUCUUUCUCUAGAACCGGAGCCGGUCUUCUAUUUCUGAUCCUCUUAGUGUAUCGUUUGUUGGUGUAAAGAUAGGUGAAUCGGCGGUGUUCAUAUGCUCUUUUGUUUGGGAUUAAGUCCUAUUUACAGCAAAAAGUUCCAGAUCUACUAGAUGGUCGGUGUGGCUCUUGUCCACUUAUGCUUUUUGUCUGUAAAUUGAUUCUAGAUCUGCCGAAUCUGAUGCUUUCGUGUUGUUUUGUGUCUCGUUGGCUCAUUUCUCUAUUUGCAUGGCUCUGUUUUCUCCUUUUGAUCUCUUUGGGGUCACUCUGGGUUCGAUCUUUUGCUAAUCUGUUCUAGGUUAGCUUUGCAUGGUGUUGAUUGGAUCGCUCCUUGUCAUCUCCCUUGAGAUCUGAUCGAGGUCUCACCUUCUCAUAUAGCUUCCUCUUUGGCGUCUAUUCGGUCGCUCUACUGCUUCCUCGCCAUAUCUGAUUCUCUGGUCUAGGGCCUUUUGGUGUGUUUUCCAAAAGUUAUGACCUUUCGGAAUUGAAGCUAUGGAUUUAUGCUUUAUUUGGUUUGUGCUUAUUCACUAUAGGAGGAUUCGUUUAUCUACUUGAUGGUGACAAUCUUCUACCUAAGAUUGCAAGGAGAUCUGGUGGUCAUGCGUUUGGAUAUGAGCUCAUCUUUUUUUUUAAACUCGUAAUUGCAUCUUUGUAGCCUUUGGUUAUCUUUGAUCUUUGUAAAGGUUCCCUUUGUUUAGGGCUUUAAUUCCAGAAAACUUAGGUUUUGCCGGCCUUGUC